UCAGCGAAACACCAAAGCAUCCUGUAGACGAACCUGAGCAUUUUCGUAUAAACCGAAUUAUAGCAGCAGCCAUGAAAGUAUUGAUUGUCCUUUGCGCUCUGUUGGCAGUAGCUUCAGCCGGAUUUAUAGGCGGCUAUGGUGGUGGUUGGAAUUCAGGCUGGCAUGGUGGAUAUUCCUCUUAUCCCAGAGUGGUAAAAGUGAUACGCCUUGGUGGCGGUGGAUGGAGCGGUGGCGGUUAUGGAGGUGGCAGUUAUGGAAGUGGCUACAUUGGCGGUGGCUAUCAUGGUGGCUACUAUGGCGGAGGAGGUCAUGGGGGAUGGUGGUGAAAAAAGUACGCACUGAGCAAUUCCUUCAUGUGUUAACACGUGAACUUAUUUUAACUUCAGUUUGAAUGUAAAGUAAAUGUAAAUUUGUGAUUCUUCUUGUUCUAUG